AUGAAGUCAGCUACAGUCCCGAGUGACAACGCCAACCGUCACGCCUGUGAGCAUCACCCACCGACCUCUGCGCUGUUUGCUACAGGCGAACCCGCACCGUCGCCUGAGCUACCUAGCCAGGGCAAUCCUUUGCCGCCUGUGAUAUCGGGCCUCCAUGCCGCAGAUAAACAGUCUUCUUGCCAUAAACCCACACACCGAAAUCCACACAACAAACCUUCUUAUGAAAAGAAACGCGCGCGCACUGGCUACACGGAGCAUCAUGCCGCAGAAUCUGCGCGAAGGCGGCACGAGGUCAAGGCUUGGGUGCGCAAUCAAGGAGGGCUUUGGGGAGCACUUCAUGGCCCCGAUUACGAGCGCGCAAGGCACGCUCACCGUGUCUUUGGCAUUGAUCAUGACGGCAAUGUUGUCCUUUCACACUGUUGGAAUGGAUUCACCAGUCACAAGCCGGACGGGCACCGAACCAACAUCGAGGAGACCAUGUCGAAGGAGGAGCUCGAUGAGGAGGGUUUCUGGGGUCUUGAGUGGGACGGCAGGCUUACAUACGUAUUCCUCGACAUCCAUGAUACAAUUAUCAUUGUCACUGUUGGCGCCCCGGCUGAGGAGAUGGACCGGCCGCCUGAAAAGUGUUGGAGCGAUUUUAUGAAGAAGGUCACCAAGCUCCUCGAGAGCCAGCGUGCAGCGCACGAGGGCAACUUUGAGAGAGAAUGGCAAGGGUAG